AUGGCCGAAGAAUUCCACGACUCCGACGUCAUAAUCGCCGACCACCGCCACCUGUUCCACCCCUCCCUCGACUACGCCCACACCCAAAUCCUCAUCACAACUCAUCGGAGCUCCAGAAACGACGCCAACAGCAACAGCAAAGAUUCCGCCGCCUCUCUCCCCGUCAAAAUCCCAGAAACCGUUUACCGUUACAAUUCCUCCGACAUGGAGGAGGUGGACGAGGAUUGGGACAUUGACGACGACAUCGUACCCCCGCACGUCAUCAUCGGUCGUCGCGUAGCCGGAAAAAUGGCUUUCUCCCUCUGCACUGGCAACGGUAGGACGCUCAAAGGAAGAGAUUUAAGCCAAGUUCGAAAUUCUAUUCUCAGAAUGACCGGAUUCCUGGAAACUUGA